AUCUAAAUAAUCAUUUUGGAUGAUAAUUUAUUGGAAAAUGAGAUAAGGUAGCAAAUAGUGAAAAAAAUAAUAUAAAGUUUAGUUUGUCCAAUUCUGAUGAAACCAAAUACUUAGAGGAUGAAAUUAUAAUGAUUAUUAAAGCAGGUAAUAAAGAUAUUCCUAAAUCGUUAUAAUAGAUUCAAGAAUUUAAAAAGGAGUUUUAACUAGAGAAUGGCCAUUUCUAUAUAAAUCUUAAAAUUCUAGAGAUGAUUUAAUUGUUAUUAAUUUUACCUCUCAUUAUAGCAUAUACUAGGAUGGCUGCUAUUAGAAAUACAGGUAUGAUUAAUGCAAAAUGA